CGACAGAUAUCAGAAGAAGCUGCGAACCCCAAACGCGCCUCGCGACAGUCCUGCGUGGACUUUAUGUAUGUGUGGCUGCGUAUGUCGCUUCCUCUCCUUCUCUAGUUUGCUCCAUUUACCUCCCCUGCUCUCCUCCAGCCCCGGCGGCAGCGGAAUGGCGACGGCGGCCCCCAACCCGGAGGACGCGGCCCGGAGCAGCGGCGGUAUCAGCGGCGGCGGCGGCACACCCAGCGCUCUCGCUGCGGAGGGAGAAGCGGAAGAGGCCGAGGACUUCAGCUCGUCCUCGCACUGCUCGGAGCUGGCCCGCAGACAGAACGAGCAGCGAAAACAGGGCUUGUUUUGCGACGUGACGCUGGCCUUUUCCAGCGGAUCCGCCUCGGGGAUGGUCCACAGCUGCGAGUUCUCUGCGCACCGCUCCGUCCUGGCCGCGGCCACGGAUUACUUCAGCCCGCUGCUCGGGGGACAGUUCUCAGAGUCCAUUUCAGGACGGGUCGAGAUGAAGGAGUGGAGCUCGGAGCAGGGGCCUGACCCGGACACGGUGGAGAGUGUGAUCCAGUACAUGUACACCGGGGAGAUCCGCGUGAGCACCUGCAACGUGCACGAGGUCCUGGAGCUGGCGGACAGGUUCCUCUUGGUGCAGCUGAAGGAUUUCUGUGGAGAAUUCCUGAAGAAGAAACUGAGUCUGACCAACUGUGUGGCCGUACAUAGCUUGGCGCACAUGUACACUUUGGACCAACUGGCUCUACGGGCAGCUGAUAUGAUCCGACGCAACUUCCAUAAGGUUAUCCAAGAUGAGGAAUUCUACACGCUUCCCUUUCACCUGGUCAGAGACUGGCUUUCCGACGCGGAGAUUACUGUAGAUUCGGAGGAAGUUUUAUUCGAAGCCGUGGUGAAAUGGGUACAGAAAAACUCAGAGGAAAGAAGCCGGUAUUUCGAAGAGCUUUUCCGACUUCUAAGGCUACCGCAGAUAAAACCGACGUAUUUGACGAGAGUGGUAAAAAAUGAACGGCUUGUAGCGUCCAAUGAGGCUUGUUUAAGGUUGGUGUCUGAAGCGGUGGAGGGGCACGCAAUCCGGUUUGAGAAUCUUAAAUCGGCCGAUAUGGAGCUGUGGUCGUCACACAUGGCGUCUUUCCAGCCUCGCUUUGGACAAAACAUGGAUGUUAUAAUGGUAGUGGGUGGAGUUUCGGAAGGAGGGGACUAUUUGAGUGAAUGCGUUGGCUAUUUCAUAUAUGAAGACAGGUGGGUCAACUUGCCGCACAUACACAAUCAUUUGGAUGGGCACGCCAUUGCUGCAACCGAAUCCCACGUGUAUGUCGCUGGGUCGAUGGAGCCCGGGUUUGCAAAGACAGUGGAAAGAUACAACCCAAAUCGUAAUACCUGGGAGCAGGUUAGCAAUUUGACCACUCGAAAGCAUUCGUUUGGGCUAACUUGCAUCAAAGAUAUCUUGUAUAGCAUUGGCGGGCAUGGGAACUUCAGCCCUGGUUUCAAAGAUGUUAGCGUUUACGAACCAGAGCAAGAUAAGUGGCAUAAUCUGGAAUCUGCACCUAAAAUACUACGCGAUGUUAAAGCUAUAAGCGUCGAAGACCGUUUUGUUUACGUCACGGCUCGCACACCAGUCGACACGGACAACGAAGAUGGACUUAAAACGGUGACGACGCGCUAUGAUACCGAAAGUCGUCAGUGGCAAGAUGUCGACUCAUUGCCGCUAAUCGACAACUACUGCCUUUUCCAGAUGGCGGUGGCGUCUACCAACUUCUACCACACGGCUUCCUGUUGUCCAAAAAGCUACACCGUACGCGACGAAAUGGCAAGACAAAAAAUAAGCGUCCGCAUUUCAGAUGAGAUUUUGGAAAGCUUGCCGCCUGAGGUGACCAGCAUCGAAGGAGCGGCCAUUUGCCACUUUGACGAAGAUGUUUUUAUCAUUGGGGGAUGGAAGAACAGCGACGACGUAGACAAGCAGUAUCGCAAAGAGGCCUAUCGAUACUGCGCAGAAAGGAAGCGAUGGAUGCUUUUGCCCCCAAUGCCCCAGCCGAGGUGCAGAGCCACGGCUUGCCACGUCAGAAUACCCUACCGCUUUCUCUACGGGUGCCAGCGCUACCCCAUGCCCCAAAACCUGGCACGGCAACGAGACAGAAUGCAACAAAUGCAGCAGCUUCACAGGCGUACGCUGACCCUACGACGCCAGCUCCAAUCUCAAAUCGAGUGUUAAAUAUUCCAUUGUAACAUUAGGCCUGUCACCAUAACAGUUUGAUGCGAUAUUCCAUAACUGUUAAAAUAUGACAAGAAUAUGUUAUCGCAAUGCAAAACAAUUUUUGGCACAAGGAUUUCAGUUAAAUAGAAAAUAUAUACAUACAUACAUACACUACCAGGCAGAGGCUUGGAAACGCCUCAUUCUGUGUAUUUUUUAUUUCAUUACUACUUUCUACAUUUUAGAUGCAUUCAGAAAACAUCAAAUAUAUGAUAUAAGGAAUUUAUGUAGAAAAUACAAAAAUGACUCAAAAAAAUUGUUUUUAUUUUCCUUUACUACACCUAAAAUGCAUCUAAAAAUGUAGGAAGUAGUAAAAAUAAAGAAAAAAAGAGGGUGUGUCCUAACUUUUGACUGGUAGUAUGUGUGUAUAUAUAUAUAUAUAUAUAUAUAUAUAUACACACACACACACACACACGCCUUUCAAAUUGUGUCAAAAUAAAAACUUGGCACUAACUAAACUAACACCAAAUGAGGCAAAUCAUUUCUAAAGUCUACCUUUGGGUCCAGUUUAUUUUCAAAAAACACCACAUUUCUGUAACAUGGAGAACUCUGCAUUGAUGUGCUAUCAGUUAUCGUCUCAGCCGAUAUUGAGCUAUCAAUAUUUCCACGAUAUUUUGUGCAACCCUGUUUUGACUUGCAAUAAAGAAAGUAUAGACGAUAAACGAUAAUACUGAAACUAGUUUCAUGCCACUGACACAAUCACCCAAAAGCAGGACUAGUCCCAAAAAUAUUCAAAAUGCACAUUAUCAUUACAAGACUGACACAUUUUAGUUAUUUUGUACGUAUGAUUAUUUAUUCAGCCCUGUCAAACCUUACCAUAGAACAGAAAAAAACAACAAAAUUCUCCAGUGUUCCAAAGAAAAAGUUCCUGAUACAAAAAUGACUGUUCAAACUAUAAGCUGAUGUAGUGAUUCUAGUGACAGGCCUCUAUGUAACAAGCAGAACAGAGCUGCUUUUGUGUCUUUCAUUCCAGUAUAAAUGUUUGUAUUAUGCCUCUGGUUCAAAAGCCAUGAGUUUAUGGGUCAGUUUGAAAGAAAAGGUGAAUGUAAACAUGUGAAUAACAACUGUACAUAAAUCGGCCAACAGCAACGCUAAAUGUGUUGGUAAAUGUCUCAUUUGUUUGUACAUAUGGUAUAAAAGCUAUAUAUGUAAAAAAUUUAUAUAUUAAAAAAAAACAUUCCAUUAUUUUAUGCUUGUAUUCGGAAGGACUAUCGCAGUGUCUCUCACUCUGUGAAAUGGCUGUACACAAUGCCAGUCGUGAAGAUUGAACCACCAAUCUCUGUGUUAGUGGGUGAAGUAACUCUACCAGUUGAGAAGCUAGCACCCCAGAACCAUCACCAAAACAAUCGUUAACUCAUUGUGUAGUCGUAGCCUACAAAAUCAGAAAUUAAGAUAAAAUAAAACAAAAAACUGUAAAGUUGAGCUACUUGUGAAUAUCAUUUUUUGAAGAAUCUUGCGUACCCCCAUUGGAACAUGCACCGCAGUUUGAGAAACACUGGUCUCGUAUCAAUAUCCUGCAUUCCUGUAUUUAAUUAUAAAAAAGUUAAAACUCAAGAGUCAUUCCAUAGUAGUAACACACUGACAAUCUUAACUGGUGUAGGUCUGGAGUAGUUCUAACUGUACUUCAUAUCAAAAAUACAACAUGUGCUUUAACUUUGCAGUCUUACCACAUCAACAUAUGCAUAUAAGUCUUAAAAUACUGCGUACUUUCAAAUUGUACAGUUCUGUAACUUGUUUCUGUGUACAAUCUAACAUGUUUAGUUUAGCUGAGGCUUCAAAUAAGAAAAUGAAAGGGAGAGUAAUUUACAGACGGGCUCUUAAUAUAAUAUAUGUAAUGUAAUGAUCCCUUUUAAUAACAUCACUAGGCUGUUUGGCCAUUGAAUAGACUCUGUGCACAACAGCGCCCUCUACCUCACUGUUAGCGUCACUACUUCCUGUUCAGUUUUAUCUCUAUGAGGUUUUUGCUGAGUCAGGAUAAAAUGAAUUAAUAUUUAGAGAUCAGGCAGUGAACAGGGAGCUGUGGGUGGGUUAGGGGUCAGAGGUCAAAGGUUAGGGUCAGACAGUGAACAGGAAGCUGUGGGUGGGUUAGGGGUUUAGGGUCAGACAGUGGACAGGGAGGUGCGGGUGGAUGUCACUGACAAAAUGUUAAACAUGACACAAAAAAAAAAAAAAAAAAAAGAAUACUUCACCAAAGACACUUGUAUUUAGAAAGAGACAUGUUUGUGUUUCAAUGCUAGUUCUAAUGCUAUUUGUGAAGCGUAAUAAAUAUAAACACAACACCACAAACUGAAGUAUUCUACAUAUAAAAAUAAUUGUGUAGUCUUUAGAUUGGAUUUGGAUUUGAAUACGUUGUUUAUUUUAAGUUUUCCGAUAAGUUUUUAAUAAAAGUGACACAGUGAGCUAGCUUGCGUGCUGCUGUGGACAGAGCCUAUUAAACGCCAAUCAUAGACAAUGACUUAUUUGUUUUCAUUCCAUUUGCACUUUGGGACGUUUUUGCUCAGAAAGAUGCUACGGCGUGUGCUCAAGUCUGUAUAUGCCACAAAUCGUGAUGGCGGCUUUACGAAAUGCACUUUGUGACGGCUAAUCGUUUGUGAAGUCUUAAAGGAGAAAUAGAGAUGUUAUGUUGCCACAGCACUUUUUAACUUUAACUUAAAGGGCCCAUAUUACGCCAUUUUCUGAUCUGUGUUAUAAUGUUGUUUCCUCGUCACAAACGGACCUGGAGUUGUGUUUUGUUUUGUUCACACAUGUUUAGCACACAAAUAUUUAGGCGGGGUUCUUCUCUCAAACUGAAAACACUCUGUUCCACCUUGUGAUGUCACCAUGUGGUAAUACAGGAAGUGCUCCACUGUGUUUUUAAACUCCACACACCUUCACUAGAAUCAUUUGGAUGGUCAUCAUUUGAAUGUUUCAGUCCUGAAAUUGCUAAUCUCUACUAAAGUUAAAAGGAGCUGUUAACUUGAAAACUACCUCUUCAUGACAUCACAAGGUGGAACAGAACAUUUUGAGCUUUGGAGAUGUAGACAGACUAAUAAUAAAAAGUUACUCAAACAUGUGUGAAUGAAACAAAACACAACUCCAGGUCUGUUUUUAGGAGGGAACAACAUUAUAACAUGACUUAAAGCUCACACGAGUCCAUUUUGCGUAAUAUAUGACCUUUAAUCCAAUUCUUGCAUAUCAGACAAAAUGAUUGUAUGCAUUGUUUUGUCCGGGUUCUAGUCUGUCAUUUUCUUGCACAGUGUUUUAUUUACAAACAGGUGUAGCGUACAGUAGUGGCGUUGGUGUUCUUCAGUCUUGCCCUCCAAAGAUAUGACCAGAAAGGAAGCAGAUGGACUAAAGGGACAUGUACCAGUGAAUAGUUCAAAUAGUUAAUACAGAAAUUAGACUGUGUGUUAGUUUCCAUUUUCCGACCAGUUCACCCACAUUGCGAAAGACUGUGGAAUAAGCUAUGUACUUUGCUUUGCAUGUGAUAGUCUGACAUCAUGUCCUACUAUUAGAUGUAAGAAAAGUUAUGUUGUCAUAUUUCUCGCAAAUAAAGAUGUUUUUAAGAUUGA